AUGGCUAAUUCACAGCAAUCUGAUUCAAAAGAAUGCUGUCCAUCCGAUGAUCAAAUACUUGAUUAUAAAAAAUCGCAUAAAACUGAACAAUUAACAACUGGUUAUGGUCGUCCACUAGGCGAACGAUCGACUGUUGUUACCGUUGGUCCACGAGGACCAUUGUUGCUUUCUGAUUUUCCUUAUAUUGAAGACGUUCAACGAUUUGAUCGUGAACGAAUACCUGAACGAGUCGUUCAUGCCAAAGGUGGUGGUGCAUUUGGUGUAUUUGAAGCAACUGAUGAUAUAUCGGAUAUUUGCAAAGCUAAAGUAUUCAAAAAAGGAUCAAAAACACGUGUGCUUGUACGCUUUUCAACUGUUGCUGGUGAAAGUGGCUCAGCUGAUACAGUUCGUGAUCCACGAGGUUUUGCUAUUAAAAUGUAUACUGAUGAAGGUAUUUGGGAUUUAGUUGGUAAUAAUACACCGAUAUUUUUUGUUCGUGAUCCAUUUCUAUUCCAAAUGUUUAUUCAUUCUCAAAAACGAAAUCCACAAACACAUUUGAAAGAUCCUAAUAUGGUUUGGGAUUUUUUUUCCAAUCAUCCAAUGGCUACACAUCAAUUUAUGUUUCUUUAUUCUGAUCGUGGAAUACCAGAUGGUUUUCGUCACAUGCAUGGCUAUAGUUCGCAUACAUUUAAAAUGGUUAAUGAUAAAAAUGAAUUUGUUUGGGUUAAAUUUCAUAUUCGAACUGAUCAAGGUAUUAGAAAUGUCGAUCCAACAAAAGCAAAAAUUUUAGCUGGUGAACAACCUGAUUAUGCAUUAUCUGAUCUUUAUAAUGCAAUUGCUCGAAAAGAAUAUCCAAGUUGGACAUUUUAUGUUCAAGUUGUUACACAUGAUCAAGCAAAAAAUCUUCCAUAUAAUCCAUUUGAUUUAACAAAAGUAUUUUCACAAAAAGAUUUUCCAUUACGUCGUAUUGGUAAAAUGACAUUGAAUGAAAAUCCUGAAAAUUAUUUUGCACAAAUUGAACAAGCUGCUUUUUCACCAGCACAUAUGCCACCGGGAAUUGAAGCAUCACCAGAUAAAAUGUUACAAGGUCGACUUUUUUCAUAUGCUGAUACACAUCUUCAUCGUGUUGGAACAAAUCAUCUUCUCAUUCCAGUUAAUAAUCCUGAAACAAAUAAAAAUGUUAAAGUUUGUACUUAUCAACGUGAUGGUGCAAUGCAAGCAUGCAAUAAUCAAGAUGGUGCUCCAAAUUAUUAUCGAAAUUCAUUUAAUGGUCCAGACGUAAUGAAUCGUGAGAAACACAUUGAACAUGCAACAUUUGAAUCAGGCAUGGCAACACGAUAUGACGCAAGUGAAGAUGAUAACUUUUCUCAACCACGAGUUUUCUAUCGAAACGUAUUAGAUGAUCGUGGUCGUGCUCAUUUAAUUGAUAAUAUUGCUGAACAUUUACAACAAUGUACGGAUAAAGAAAUAAUUCGUCGUUCGGUUGCUAUAUUUGCUAAUGUUGAUGAUGAUUUUGGAAGACGAUUAGCCGAAAAACUUCAUAUUGAUGUACCGGAUAAAGGUUCAUUAUCGGAUCCAAUACCUGUUGUCAACUCUUUGAAAGAAUGCAACAGUACACCAUAUAAACGACGAAAACAAACUAGUCAAGCUCUGGAAGCUCUAGGUCAACUUUUUAUGGAUUCAUCUAUUGAUGAUCUCGAUAAUAAUAAACUCAAUAAAAAUGAUAUACUCAGUUUGACGUUGUCACGUCUGUUACGCCGUAAAUAUUGGUCAUCUGAUAUUGCUGAUAGCAAUGUUAAGUUAGCAGCCAGCAUUCAAAGUUCAUCAAUUACAGAUGAUCUUAAAGGUUUUAUUAUUGUAGUCAAUACAACUGGUAGAAUUAUUUUAAUUAGUGAUAAUGUUGAAUAUUAUUUACGUAAAAAUGUUCGAUUACUUUAUCCUCAAUUAAUAAGUAUUUAUGAUUGUGUAAGUAAAAGUGAUCAUGACACCAUCCGUCAAAUGCUUUCAACGCUGACAAUGGAUGAAAAACGUGCUAUUUGCACUUGGAUAUUACCACGAGGUAAACGUCCUAAUCGAUCAAAUACAGAAACUAAAUCAAUGCUGUUGACAGGUCAUUUUUUCUUUAUUGACAAUGAUGAAAGUAAAGAACCAUUAUUUGUGGCACGUUGUGAACAAAUCCUUUCAAGUACACCUAAUAUUCCAACGAAUAGUAUGGGUUCAACAAGCACAACAACACUUCGAUUUGUUCUUACUGAUCAAUUGAGUAUCAAUGAAAUUUCAUCAAAUACGGAAUUUUUAUUAGGUUAUAAGCCAAAUGAAUUAAUCGAUCAAUCAAUUCAUCGAAUUUUACCAGCAGAAUGUUGGGAUAUAAUAGAACAAACAAAACAAAAUUGCCUUUCAGGUCCCCAUUGUACAUCAAUGAGUGUACUUGAUUUAUUUACUCAUAAGGGUGAUCGUCUUACUUUUCUGUGCAAUAUGCAUAUGUUGAUUGAAGGUCGACGUAAAAGAAUUAAACUAGGUUUUCUAGCACAGCUUAUUGAUCCUCUCAUGCGAUAUCAAUGUCUUAGUUAUGUUAAUAAACAAAAUGUUGAACGACGAAAGGCUUUUGUUCAACAAGAAUCAAUGUGUAUGUCAAAUAUAAUAUUAAAUAAUUCAACAACAACCAACGUCUCAAUGUCACCCAAUGAUCAAUGUUUAUCAAUGAAUGAUAUAUCAAAAUACAAACGUCAACGAAUUAAUUAUGAAAAUACGGAAAAAGAAAAUUUUAGUUUUUUUGAUCAACCUCAAUACGUUGCACAGGUCCCUUUUGAAACAAAUUUCAAUAACAAAUUCUUAUCAUCUGGAAAACAAGAAGUUGGUCAUAUCGAUGAACUUUUUAAUUGGCUUGAUGAAGAAAAUAACAAGUCAAACAAUAGAUUUUCAGUAUUUAAUACUGUUAAUGAUGUAUUUAAUAUGGAUAACAUACCAGAUUUUGGCCUUUUUACACCAACAAUAUCAGAAAUAAACUUCUUUUAA